UCAAAGGAUGCUGCGGUCAAAGCCGCUGCAGCUCUUUGUGUGAAAGGUAAGAACAGAGUGAGAACUGCACUCAGACGAGGAAGUUGAUGAAAAACUCUGCUCUCACAUUUCUAAGAUAGUGCCGACAGUGUCGGUGCUGGAUGUGAAGAUGGGGCACACUCUGCUCGCUGUGCUCGGGUUAUUCUUGCUGAAUACACUCCUGUACGGACAUGCUGAAGGUGCUGAUGCAGUCCUGGAAGUUCCUGAAUUCACUUUGUUUGAAGGAGACUUGGUGACUCUGCGCUGUAAACAUCGUAUUACAAGACGUAUGAUGACAGCUUCCUUUUACAAAAAUGGAUCACUUAUUAAAAUCGACACAAACCAUCGGUCAUCCACAACAGGAGAAUUGACAGUUCGAGUGUCAGUGUCAGAUGAGGGCUGGUACAAGUGUCAGUUUGCUGAUGGGACAGAAUCUGAAGAAAGAGAGCUGAGAGUGAAAGCAGGUACGGCCACACUGACAGCAGACAGGACAAUCAUACCACUGGGGGGCAGCGUGACACUGACAUGUUCUGUGGAGGAUCCUGCUGGAUUCAGAUAUCAGUGGUUCAGACAGACCUCAGACUAUUAUUCAGAAACUUUGCUUAAGUCUGAACAUGUUCCUGAAUCAUUUAGAGUUAUCUCACAAGGAGGCAAAUACACCUGCAGAGGACAGAGGAGAGAACGAAAUUUCGUCACAUCUGAUAGUAAUGCAGUCGUCAUUGAGGAAACUGUUUCCAACAGGGCCACUUUGACCCUUCAACCCAACUGGCCUCAGAUAUUCAGAGGAGAGACGAUCACCCUCAGAUGUGACAUCCAGGGAGGUGGAGUUAAUCAGUGGAUGUAUGAAUGGACUAAAGACAACUUAAACACACCUCCAACACACAAUGAAUACAGGAUUAUCAGUGCUACUGAGGCUGACAGUGGAGAAUACAGGUGUAAAGGAAGAAGAGACUCAUAUUCCUCAACACGGUGGAGUGAUGUCAUCACAUUGACAGUAUCAUCAAACAGACCAAAGGCUGAACUGAGGGCUGAUGACAGAGUCAUUCCUGUAGGGGGCAGUGUGACCCUGACCUGCUCUGUGAAGCCAUCAUCAUCUGGUUGGAAAUACUUCUGGUACAGAGGAGAGAAAACAUCUGAACCUCUGAGCUCUCAACUCUCAGCUGGACCAAUCAGAGUCUCAGAGGGAGGAGUCUACUGGUGCAGAGGAGGAAGAGGAGAUCCAGUUUACUACACAGAGUACAGUGAUCCAGUCACUGUCUACAAAAAGGUUCCAAACAAGGCUGUUGUGACUCUGAAGCCAAACUGGUCUGAAAUAUACAGAGGAGAGAGGAUCACUCUCAGAUGUGAGAUCCAGGGAGGUGGAGAUAAUAAAUGGACAUAUGAAUGGACUAAAAAUGACGUCAACACACUUUCAACAUUCAGUGAAUACAGGAUUACCAGUGCUACUUGGGCUGAUGGUGGAAAAUACAGAUGUAUGGGAAGAAGAGACGCAUAUUCCUUAACACGGCGGAGUGAUCCCUUCAUACUGACAGUAUCAGACAAAGCCCAGUCUGUCCUCACUGUGUCUCCAUCAUGGCUGAGUGCUGGAGCCUCAGUAACUCUGAACUGCAGAGUUAAAGAUCAAUCUGCAGGAUGGAGGUUCUACUGGUAUAAGACUGUUCCUGAUCCAUCAGACAACUUCUACAGCUAUGAGCUGCUACCUGGCAGCAGCAGUGGGACUGAACAGGAUUCCUACAUUGUUGAUGGACAGACACACACAGCAGGAUAUGUGUGCAGAGCUGGAAGAGGAGAUCCAGUGUUUUACACUGAUUACAGUCAACCUCAGUUUGUCUGGUCUGCAGAUUUUCACUCAUCAGCGUCUCUCACAGUGAGUCCUGACAGAGCUCAACACUUCACCUCUGACUCUGUCUCACUGAGCUGUGAGGGAAACUCUGCUGAGUGGAGAGUGAGGAGGUCACCUGAGAACAGAUACCUGUCAGACUGCUCCACCUGGGGGACAAUGACUGGAUCUACAUGCAAACUAAAGACUUACUGGCUCAGUGAUGCAGUGUACUGGUGUGAGUCUGGAUCAGGAGAGUUCAGCAACUCAGUCAACAUCACUAUACAGAUUUUUAGGUCCAUGAUCACCAUUUAAAGUCCAGUGUGAAGGAUUUAGUGACAUUUAGCUGUGAGGUUGCAGAUUCAGCAGCUGAAAGGGUUCUUGAACAGUAAGACACACAAGGUGUAUGAAGAUAAAACAUCAGAUUUAUGAUCUCUGUUAAAUCAAUGAGAAAAGUCAAAGAAAUAAAGCCAGCAUGUAUCUUUUCUCAUCUCUCUACAUCCACUCA